AUGCCUAACGGCAAGAACAAGUUGAUGUUGACGAUUCCCGUGUCGGAACCAAACACAGACGGAAGCGACCGUCAGAAUGGAGCUCAGGCAAACCUGGAGGCAUUGCAACAGAAGCUGCAGGAAUUGGAUAUUGACGAUCGACAGAGAGAGAGGCUUGAGGAGUUUCUGACACAAAAGCAAAAAAUUGGGGAAUUAGUGGAGGAGGAUUUUGAGAAGCUUGGAGAACUAGGCGCUGGCAAUGGAGGUGUUGUUACCAAGGUGUUACAUCACCCAUCAGGGCUUAUCAUGGCACGAAAGCUCAUUCAUCUUGAAAUAAAACCACUGGUUCGGAACCAGAUCAUCCGGGAGCUGAAAGUGUUACAUGAAUGCAACUCCCCCUACAUAGUCGGGUACUAUGGUGCUUUCUACAGUGAUGGGGAAAUCAGUAUCUGCAUGGAAUAUAUGGAUGGAGGCUCAUUAGAUUUAAUUCUGAGGAAAGCUGGCAGAAUUCCUGAACCAAUUCUUGGAAUUAUUAAUAUUGCUGUUCUUAAAGGCCUGUGUUACCUCAGAGAAAAACAUCAGAUAAUUCACAGAGAUGUGAAGCCAUCAAAUAUCCUUGUCAAUUCUCGAGGGGAGAUAAAAUUGUGUGACUUUGGUGUGAGUGGUCAGCUCAUAGAUUCAAUGGCCAAUUCCUUUGUUGGAACAAGAUCAUAUAUGGCACCUGAGCGAUUGCAAGGCACACAUUAUUCUGUACAGUCAGACAUUUGGAGUCUGGGCCUAUCGCUGGUGGAGAUGUCAAUCGGAAGAUACCCUGUUCCACCCCCGGAAGCAAGGGAUUUGGCCACUAUUUUUGGAGAGAAUGCAAGUGACGAGCACCUGGAAACUGCUGUGACAGGCAAAGCACAGAAAGGCAACCGCAAUAACUGUAUGGCGCCAACAAAAGGGGUUGCUGAGGCGCCACGAACUAUGGCCAUAUUUGAGCUUUUAGAUUACAUUGUGAAUGAGCCACCACCUACCUUACCUAAAGGAAGGUUCUCAGAUGAGUUUGUGGAUUUCGUAGAUAGAUGCUUAAAGAAGAACCCAUCUGACAGAGCCGACCUUCAAUCUCUUAUGAAUCACAUGUUUGUGAAAAAGUAUGAAAAUUCAGACAUCUCCAUCGGUCAGUGGGUCUGCAAGGUCGUGGGCAUUAAACCAAGGUGA